GUACUGUAGUUGCAGCACCGGCCAUGAGCGAACGCUGAAAAGUUUUGCCGGGAGCAGACAAAAUGUCUGUUUUUCCAGGAAUCUCCCUGAAACCUGAAGUGGCCGAGUAUCUGAAGAGUGUCUUCAUAAACAAAGAGGUUUUAGCUGCAGUCAGUCUUCAGGAGGCGGAGAUUCGUUUUCACAGGCUGCUCACAUGUCUGUCACACCCGCCUUCACACACGUGUGUCCGGGUCAGCACUCAUCUGGCCUCGCUGGACGAGAUCAGACUCAAGUUAGCAGAAGCGCUGCAAAAGCAGCAGAUGUUUGGCUCGUCAGCAGAGGACGUCUCCCUUCAGAUUGUUCCUCACCCGAGAAUUCCAGAUGUGCUGCUGCUUCCUGUCGAUGGCCCGAGAGCUGUGAAGCAGCUCAGCUCUGAGGUCGUGGUCGGCGCUCAGUGUGGCAGCGCCGUGCUAAGAGGCGCUCACGUCUUCACACCGGGAAUCAUUGCCAGCCCGAAGUGUAAGAGUCCAGUGGUCCAGUCUAUGUUGUUAUAUAACACGAGAUCUGCCUGUGAUGUUUUUUUGUUUUUUUUACGUGCAGACAUGAAAACAGGAGACGUGGUAUCUGUUUUCUCCGACCUGGAGGGAAAGUGCACGCGUGGAGCCACGAGUUUCCAGGGGAAGACAGCGUUUGUGGGAAAUGGAGUCUCUGAAGUGGAGCGCUCCAGCAUCUUCUGCUCAGAUAAACCUGCCAAAGGUGUCGGCAUCCGGAUGGUUGAGCCUCUUUACUGGAGUCCUUCCUUUGAUGGAGUUCUUCCCAACCUGGCUUUCCUGCAGAACCUGCCCUCUGUGGUUGUGGGACACGUCCUCGGGCCUCGCCCUGGCGAACGUAUCCUGGAUAUGUGUGCUGCACCUGGAGGGAAGACCUGCCAUAUCGCCGCAAUCAUGGGGGAUCAGGGCGAGGUCGUGGCCUUGGACAGGAUCCGAAAUAAGAUCGACCGAAUCCGUCAAAAUGCACAAAUGCUGCAUUUACGAAGCGUGAAGGUUUAUUGCUUCAACAGCACUCAGGCUGUAAGCAGUGACCCCGCGCUUCAAACUGAAGGACCUCCUUUUCCUCCUGAGAGUUUCGACCGGGUUUUGCUGGACGCUCCCUGCAGUGGCCUGGGACAGAGACCCAACAUGGCAUGCACCUGGAGUCUCAAGGAGAUCUGUUCCUACCAACCUUUGCAGCGCAACUUAUUUCAUGCUGCGGUGCGGCUGUUGAAGAAAGGUGGGGUUCUGGUGUACAGCACCUGCACGGUGACUCUAGCAGAGAAUGAGGAGCAGGUAGCCUGGGCCCUCAAGACCUUUCCCUGCCUCACACUUCAGCCACAGGAGCCUCACAUCGGUGGAGAAGGAAUGCCAGGAGCCGGCCUCGCACCUGAGCAGCUGCGCCUCCUCCAGAGGUUCAGUCCUGAGCUGACGUGGGACCAGACACAAACGACAGCGCCGCUCCACUGCAGAGCCGACAAGGACACUAUCGGCUUCUUUAUUGCCAAGUUCCUGAAAAACUGACCAGAGGGCACGUUUGUCUGUCACAGCCGGGAAUAACAGUGUUUAUAAUACGACACACUGCCUCUGUGUGUGUGUGUGUGCUUUAACAGGCCAGUGUUGACAAAGACGCUGUUUACAGCAUCAGCCUCCCAACAGCUGCUCUCUCAAAGUGUGGGCCAUAUAGGGAUAAGCUUUCUAAAUACGGAGAGGGAGGGAGGGGGGGAGGCAUGCACGUGGGGAUGGAGACUGAAUGAGUGCUGGCAAAUGCAGCAGUACUGUCGUCGUUAUGACAACCGUGACGACACAGCUGCCAUGGUGACGGUGGAUUCACAGGAUCCAAGAGGGUGGAUCAGGAAGUAGCAGAAAUGGGCCAUGAGAGGUAGUAACAAUUAGCGCGUGGGACCUUUUCAUUAACGCGUUCCGAUGCUUUGACGAAAGAAAUGAUUUCGACGACGACUCCGGUCUGAAAAAGUGCACUCGCCGCAGCGAACAUUAUCUCAUUCAACUGAUGAAAUGUUGGUCAAAAACUUGAAAAACUAAUUUGGUAACGAGUCAUAUAUUUUUUUUAGCAUUUACAAGCAACUUUAAUUCAAGUACAAAAAAAUAGGCAUUUAAAUUGUACGUACAGAAGAGUUUACGGUUUGUUUUUCUACGACAUGUCUUUCCUAUCGGGCCAUAUUUAAUAUUAUUAAAACAGAAUUUUACAAUAUAAUCUCAUGCAAUCCGAGUUGGUGACAAAUGUGUCGCACAGUUAUUUCCAAAUGUUAGAAAUCCUUUUAUUUACACGUCAGUGUCCUGCUUAUGAAUUUUUAAAAAAGUGCAACUUUAUGAAGUGAAAUGUGUGUCCACAUAAUGUGAACCCACUUCUUUGUAAUACACUUAAGAAGUAGUAGAAGAUGAUGCGCUCUUCACUGCAGCACGGAAAAGUUCCCUGUUUACAAACAAGAAAUCAUCUGCAUCCCUGGCAGCGGUUGUUUAUCUAUUUUUGGAGCAGCAGCAGCAGCAGCUUCCGAUUUUAGACGCAUCCCCUCGGUAUUUCAGUAUUGUCAUUCAUGUCGACGUUGUCAUGACGACAGGAGGCAGGGCGGAGAGUCUACCUCAGUCUUUCAGUCAAGUUCCAAAAGGACUAUUAAUAGUCGCCCUCUGUCUGGAUCCUCUGACAAAGCACACAGCAACGUCCUCUCCCCCCUCAGCAGGCCUUUGUUGCCAACUUUAUUCUUUUUUCUUUUUUUUUACAUUUAUGCAUUAUGUACAUACACAUGUACAUGGUUUAAAAAUCCUGUCGUGCUACCAACGUAGCAUAGAAAUGGGAGUGUUUAGAAUUACAACUGUCAGGCAAAAUCAAAGAGAGGGAGCAGGUGGCGUCCGAGGGUUUGAAGUUAGUUUUAAAAAAUGUUUUACUAUCAAGAAAUUAAAGGUCCAGUGUGUAACAUGUAGAGGGUUUUAUUGGCAGGAGUGUGUGAUCACUUUAGAAUCAGCCUCUUCUAUGUACUUUAGGGAAGGGCCUCGCUUCACGGAGGAAGCCAUUUUGUGCCGCCACUUUGCUACAGCGGCCAAAACAGGAGUGUCGUCGUCAUCCUCUUCUGUUCAUCUAGGUCCGGGAGACAUGGCUCUCUACAGCCACGUCCGCCAGCCCUUCAGGGGAGGAUCCAAAGGCGGUCUGAGGCCAGCCGAGAGAUAUAAUCCCUCCAACGUGUCCUGGGUCAGCCCUGAGGUCUCCUCCCGAAAGGACGUGCCCAAAAACAGACUACAAACUCCUCUCGACACUGAAGGAGUAGCGGUCCUGGAUGUCCGAGCUCUUCACCUUAUCUCUAAGGCUGAGCCUGGCCGCCGUGCAGAGGAAAACUAAUUUCAGCCUCCUUUGUAUUUUGCGAUCUCGUUCUUUCGGUCAUUUCUGAUUUUAAAUUGGAAGCCUACUCCACAAACCAAGUAGAAUGACAUUGUAGUUCAGUGACGCCCUUGGGAGAGGAGGUUCGAGCUGAGGAGUCCUCUGCUCAUUACAACCUACAGUCUCACCAAGAGAGGUCACCAAAAACCACGUCUCCACCGAGUGGAACGGUUUGGUACGUACAAAUUCUUUGGGGUUUUCAUUAGGAAUAAUCCCAACCGUCCCUCACCAUUCCAUGUUCCGGCCAUCAGGCACAACGUACGCCCCGCCUACCUACGUAAACUAUAGUUCUCAGUCAAAACGCAAAUCUGACCCGGGGAUUUACCGUUCCGAACCGUGCCACACCGUACAUUGAUGGAAACACGGCACAAUACUUACACACUGGACCUUUAGCACAUGAGUUGUUACAUGAUUAAAAUGUCAAACUUUACAUUACUUUUCGUUUUAGUCAGGGGAGUAACAACAUGGCAGAAAUACUUAAAUAAUCUCCUAGUUGACGUUUGCAGUCUCAUUUUAAUCUUUUUAAAAAUCUGAAGGUAAAUCCUAAUUUGUGAAUUAUCAUGUUGGAAAUAAAGUCGCACAACAUUCAUUUAAAAAAACAAAAACGGGCCAGACCAGAACAGGAGAUACCCUCCAUGCAGUUUUGUCACGGUUAGUUGCGAUUUUAUAUCAAAUUGCUAAACUGUAUUAAACCAAAGUUAAUCCGUAAAAGUGCAGAAUAAAGGGUGUAUCAAUGUUAUCAAAAAUGUUUGUGGACCCAUACAAAGAGAGAGAGAACAGUACUGCAUGUAAGGAAGUUGCUGAAGUUAUGAGGAAGUUAUUGUUGAACUCAUUUGUCUCAUAAGGCAUGACUAAGGUGCACCUCCAACGAGGCAUAAAUAGGGAAUGAAGGAUUCAAAAAAAGGGGAACAAAGCAAAUAAAAAUAAUAUAAACUUAUACAGAGUAGUAUGACACUUUGGGAAAUACUUUUACAAGCUUUGUUGCUGGUGAUGAAAACAGCUCUGUGGUCUGUCUGUUAAAUAUGAAGCGACACGUGGUAUAGCCGUUAAUAAAAGUGAAACAAACA